GUACGCUCGCGUUACGAGCUUCACUAAAACUCGCUCGGCCUCGACGUUGGGCCGCUUCAGGGAGGCUGAGAAGAUGGCAUGCUCUGAAAGAAGGGUCCGCUCAAAGUCUGACAAACUCCCGAGGGCCAAGGCUGGGUUGCCGUCUAUUGAGUUACAAUCAUGAUAAACCCUAGGGGUGGAGGGCCUUAGACGCUGCCGGGACUCCGGUGUCCUAUCCAGCAGAUCCACACCGUGGCGAAGAGCAUACAGAACCUGUGCAAGCUCGUUCGGGCGCCGGUCCGUCCCAUCUGCGAGCAUGUAACAAGGCCUGGUCAAAGGUUCCACCACGACAUGAGCCCCAUCCCAGUAAGCACCCGAGACGAUGAAAAGAGGGCCUAGCACACAUACCAAAAACGCCGGAGAUCCCUCGGUCGUGCUAUCCAUCUGGCGCCAUAGAUCGUAAUCUCGGGCUACCUGCAUAUAAACCUCACCGCCAUGCCCAAUGUCAGCCCUGUCCUCGCGAAGAACCAGGACUCGGCCAUCCCAGGACACGAGUGUACGGCCUACGUGUCCAACGGAGACGUCGCCAGGCGGGCUCAGGUGAUGCUUACUCCGCCAAGAGGGGAAAAGACCCUGAACGCACUUGUCAAACUGGGAUGAUCGUUCGCUAUCAUUCGUGAAACUCUCGCCCAUGCAGUGACACAAGCCCGCAGCAGCCUGGAGAGCCCGGAUUGCCAAGGGGCAUCCCAGUGGAAGCAGAGAAUUGGCUUGAAGAAUGAACUCCCUGAAGGCAUCGUGCAGCGUCGACAGGGGAAGGCCUCGCUUCUCUGGAGGCCUCCCGCAAAGCAGGUUGGGUAUAACCAUACUCGGC